AUGUCCAGACAAGCGUCCAAGUCAAUCAUGUUACUGACUUCAGACAGUGUUAAUACCGCUGUAGAUGACAUAUUGAUUGGCGUUAGAAAUUUGUAUCUAUCAUUUAAAAUCACACUUUCCGCUUAUGUGCUUGAAAGUCCUGAUUCAAGAAAGCAAUUAUCCUGGUGUGAUGUUAAAGUUAACAACACUGUCAGAAGAUCAUACUUUGUAGGAACGAUCUUGCAUAAUGUUGUGUGGAACGGCCCAAUGCAAGUGGGUAAAAUAACAGGUGACGAUGUCAAAGAUGAUAUGCACGCAUCUCUUUUAGAUCUCAUCAGAAUUGGGUGGUUUCUAAAGCAGUCCAUUGACAUUAAUCACUUCGAAGGGAUUAUUGGUGUUCACGUUGUUGGGAAGUUGUUUCUAAAGCUGAUUUCUGAACUUUUGGCUAAUCUUGCUGUAUAG